UAACAUGCGAAUAUUGCGAAUGUGUCUGAUAACAUUCACUGAUUUAGACGUCUCUUUUUUCCGUUCGUAAUAAUUCACUAUCUAUGAGUUUAAUUUAAUUCGCUUUUUUUUUUAGGAGGGAAAAGAAGGCAGCCUUUUAGGCUGAAUUGCACUAACGUUACUUCAAGCAAGGCUUAAAACUCUCUCUGUCUCUGUUUCUCUUUCGCUUUAAAACGAGACGGAGAGAGUUUUAAGUCUUGCUUAAAGUAACGUUGAUGUGCAACCGGGUUAGAUUCUUACUUUGUAGUGCAUGCAAGCGUGUUAUCAGCUGCAAUGCUACAUCACAAAUACGUACUGUUGCGUUUGCGUUACGCAAUCGAUUCGCGUGAUUCAUGUGUGGCUCAAUAAAGUAGUUCGUGAAAAAGAGGAAGAAAUAAUUCGGAAACUUUUCUUCGUGUGAAAUGUUUCUUGGAGCAAAAUGAGAAAUCGUGAAAUUGGAUGUUAGUCAUCGAGAUUCAUCGUGAUGAUUCUAUGUAGAAAGCGUACGGUCCAAAUCUGAAGUGACUACGAAUCCGACGUAAUGGGAACGAACGUAAUAAUGUCUCUGACCAGGAGAGCUGCACCGCAGCUGAAUUAUAUAUGUCGUCAUCAGUCUACGACAAGCACAUGUUCUAUGUACGACCUGGUGAUCGUGGGUGGUGGCAUCGUCGGCUGCGCGACCGCCCGCGAGCUGAUUAUGCGGCAUCCGAACAUGAAAAUAGCCAUCACGGAAAAGGAGAAUGCCCUAGCUAUGCAUCAAACGGGUCAUAAUAGUGGUGUGGUGCACGCUGGCAUUUAUUACACUCCUGGAAGCAUGAAGGCAAAACUUUGCGUAGAAGGCUUGAAAUUGUCGUACGAAUAUUUCUGCAAGAACAACAUACCUCAUAAGAAAAUUGGCAAGCUGAUUGUCGCCCAAAAUCCGGCUGAAGUCAAGAGUAUAGAUGAGCUUUUCGAUAAAGGAAUGAAAAACAAAGUGCCCGAUUUACAAAUUAUUGAGAAAGAUUGCAUUUCAAAAUACGAACCCAAAUGCAAGGGAGAAAAGGCUUUAUGGUCACCGUGGACCGGUAUAGUGGAUUGGGCGGUCGUGUGUAAAUCUUUUGCCGAAGACUUUCAGAAAAUGGGAGGCGAGAUCUUUCUCAAUUUUGAAGUAAUCGGAUUUACGGAGAUGAUGGAAUCGAAAGGGAAGAGUCAAUUAUCCCCCAUAUCCGUUCAAUCGAAAAACCGAUGCAUACCAACGAAAUAUGUGCUGACGUGUGCUGGUCUACAUUCAGAUCGAUUAGCGGUGAUGACGGGCUGCGAUGUAAAUCCGCGAAUAGUACCGUUUCGUGGCGAAUAUCUUCUGUUAAAUGAUGACAAACGACAUCUCUGCACGACCAAUGUGUAUCCGGUACCUGAUCCCAGAUUCCCGUUCCUGGGCGUGCACUUUACACCCAGGGUUUCCAAUGAAAUCUGGUUGGGUCCCAACGCUGUUCUUGCGUUCGCUAGAGAAGGCUAUAGUUGGUUUGACAUAAACAUAAAAGACUGCAUAGAAAUGGCAAAAUUCCCUGGUUUAUACAAAUUAUGCUAUCGGUAUUUCCUACUAGGCUGCAGGGAGGCAAUAAAAUCGAUUUUCUAUCCCUUAACUGUGAAAGAUCUCCAGAAGUUUAUUCCUGAAAUUACAUACAAAGAUGUAAAAAGGGGACCGGCAGGUGUAAGAGCUCAGGCAUUGGAUAAAAACGGUAAAUUAGUCGAUGACUUCGUUUUCGACGGAGGCACCGGCGUGAUUGGAAGCAGAGUGUUGCAUUGCCGAAACGCGCCGUCACCAGCUGCAACUAGUAGUAUGGCAAUAGCAAAAUUUAUCGCCGAUAAACUUGAUCGGGACUUCAAAUUUUAAUACAAGUCAAUACACACAUGUAAUUAUCUAAUCGCUCAAAUGUAAAAUGUGAAACAGAAUGAGUAUUUAAAAAGAUUUCCAAAGAAAA